UACUAGAGAGCCUACCAUAUAAUUAUCCGCCAGUAAUUCGUAUCCUCUAGAAUUAGCCGCGUGAAAGAAACCCAAAGCGGCUACUUCUAGCGGAUACUUUUUACUGGCGGAUAAUAGUACCAUGUCAUUUAUUACUGCUUUUUAUAUCACAAUAUAUAUAAAUUUUAUUUAUUAUCGUUCCAAUUAAUGGUUGUUGUAUUUUUUUCAAUUUUGAAGAGCUAAAGCUAAUUUAAUUGUGAUUGGACAAUUCAACCGGCAAGGGUGAAGCUUUAUAGGGUGGGAAUCUAUAGGCUUUGCAGCAAAUUAAGUCACGGGCGGCUAGAAUUGAGUGGGCACGGCUUUUGUGGGAUUUGUUUGAAAAAAUUGAAGCUUUGAUAAGAGAGAUAAAUUGGGUAGGGCCCAUUUACACAAUAUUUUAUGUUAAAUUAGGGUUAAGAAGUAGAGAAGCAGCCGCGCACUUGAGAGAAGGAAAAAAUCAGCCGCUGGAGGAAAAAACCCAUUGUUUUGGUUCCUCUUCUUCAAAUCAGCCGCACUCCACUUGAGAGAAGGAAAAAAUCAGCCCAUUUACACAAUAUUUUACACAAUUCACGCCAUGGCUUCUUCUUCAAACCAAGUCCCUUAUUCGAGGCGCGAGCAAAUCAAUCGUGUGGCAGUUGAGAUCAGUACGUACAACAAUAUUACUUACCUAUCGACAGUAGUCUCGAGACUAAACGAAAUUGGCGGUUUUGCACUGGAGAAUACGUUCAGGCGCGGGUGCUUUGGGAUGAUGUUGGAUUGGCAGCCGGGCCAGAAGUGCAAUGCUGCAUUGCACCAUAUUGUCUCUCGUCAUCUUAAGAUCACGAGAGACGAUGAGGAUGAUGAGAUCUGCUUCUACAUCAACGGGAGGAACGUUGAGUUUACUCCGAGAGAUUUCGCUCUCGUGACAGGAUUGUCCUUUGGGGAUGAUCCUUUUGAUCCCGAGGCUGAGCACGAUCUUAGUCGGGCUCAUACAUUUAGACAAUUUUGCCGCUCUCAACCGGUGUCAGUGCGGGAGCUGGCGGAUAUAUAUUUCGACACCGUCAAUCCAGUGGUUGACACCGACGGCGGGUUGUACCUCCGUGUGGCCCACUUGUUGGUGCUACACGCAUUUGUAUUAGGAGUGGACGUGCGCCGACCCGUGCAGUCCUGGACUUGGAAGCUGGUGGAUGAUUUGCCGACCUUUUCCAGAUUUCCUUGGGGAUCGUGCGCGUAUAGAAGCUUGAACUACAGGUUGAAGCACAGCACAAUCAAAAAGGAUUGUAAAAAGUAUCACUUCUACGGUCCUUCUUGGGCCCUAUUCAUUUGGGGUCUUGAGAAAAUUCCCUAUUUGGGCCCAGCCAUAGCCAUAUGCAAUGCGGGGGUUUACCCUAGAUUUCGGAGGUGGACGUUCGUGAAGACCAAGUUGGAUGGGUUACAGAGUUAUUUUGAGUCUCCGGAGAACGGGAUAUGGGAGAUGGUCCCCGAUGAGUACGAGGCCAAGACAUCUUACUGGCUAUCGGUGGCAGGCGUCAAUGCCGGGAUAGGGGUUCGAGUACCAGAGCCGGCAGUCUUUGGUCAUAGGCAGCCUCGGCAGCGCUACACUGGUGGGGACCACAACGAGGAUGCUCCGCACUUAUCUUCUGUUUUUUCUCUCGGAGGUCCUCUUCGCAGUGUAGCGACGACUCUUUGA